CAGUCUUUAAUAGAAUCAAACACAGCUUUAAGCCGCUGCACCUCUAGAGCCCUAAUUACGAAUCCGGUAAUAUAUUCCGCCGAAGCCACGAAUCGUAGGUACACUAUUUAAGACGUGCCAACAGUUCAAAAAGAAAUAUCAACAUUACAACAUAUUCUCUUUAUUAUGUCAAAUAAGAAUUUCGGAUACCACACUGAGGCUGAAGAAGUCGCUACUUACUUUGAAAACGAAAUCAAGGGAAAGACCGUCUUGAUCACUGGAUGCACAUUCGGCGGUCUUGGUUAUGAGACUGCAAGAGUGGUGUCCAAGCACCAUGCUGGCUUAGUCAUUGUCGCUGGUAGAAAGCAAGAGGCUCUCGACGAUGCCAUUGAGAAGAUCAAGGCAGAGACUCCAUCUGCCAACUUACGAUCCCUCCUUAUUGAUCUCGCCUCACUUGAGUCCGUCAGACACGCUGCUGCUGAGGUCAACGCCUAUUCUGAACCUAUUGAUGUCUUGAUCAACAACGCUGCUAUCAUGGCAUCACCAUACUACACCACCAAGGAUGGAUUCGAAGCUCAGUUCGGUACCAAUCACAUCGGACCCUUCCUCUUCACCAACUUGAUCUUGCCCAAGGUCCUUGCUUCUAAGACCGGAGCUCCACGUAUUGUAAAUAUCUCAAGUAUGGGACAUGUCUUCUCUCCAAUCCGGUUCGACGAUCCUUUCUUCGACAAUGGCAAAGCCUAUCAAAAAUGGACCGCUUAUGGUCAAACCAAGACCGCCAAUAUGUUAUUUGCUCGUGAAUUGGCGAAGCGCUACAAGUCCCAAGGUCUUGUCGCCUUCAGUCUUCAUCCUGGUGGCAUCUUGACUAAUCUUGGCCGCGAUAUUCAACCUGAAGAGCUUUUUGCUGAGCCCAUCAAGGAUUAUGAUGGCAAUGUCCUCGACUUGAGCGGUUUCGUAUACAAGACCAUUCCUGAAGGAACUUCAACUCAUAUUGUUGCGGCAUUUGAUCCUAACAUUAUAUCCCAAUCUGGUUCUUACCUGUCUGACUGUCAGAUUGCCAUGGAGCAGGCCAAGCCGUAUGCUACAGACGAUAAGCAAGCAGAAAAGUUGUGGGCACUGAGCGAGAAAAUCGUUGGACAGCAGUUUUAAUAGUCGACCA